AUGAAUACGUUACCCGGAAGUGCUACAUUUCAUCCGCAAUGAAGAUGCUGGCUUGUUGGCAAAACAUUUCAAGCUAGCUAUAUAUAAACAAAAAUAUUAAUAAUAAUAGCCUACUGCAGGUAGCUAGUUUUAAUUUAAAAAAAUUGUGAUAACAAAUAGCUACGUUGGAGAGUACGAUGUGGGCAAUACGCUAUGAAUUACAACUUGAGAUUGUCUGCUAGGCUAACUCUGCUAGCCGAUGGUGUUUAGAUUUCUGCAAAGUAAGGAUCAGACUAGUUAGUUAGUAGCUAGCUAGCUAGAUUUACAUGUUUGCAUAACAAACCGCGUUUAAGAUCAAUAACUUGGAGCCUAUGUACAUCCUUUGAAAGUCACCAGAAAUGAUUUAGCUAACGGUUAUAGCCGAACUGACAUGGCUGUUAGACCUCUGUGCAGCUAGCUUUAGCUAGAAUUGCGACGUCUUUUCGUUUGAUCAUUGCUUUGUUUACACUUGGAGUUAUUUGCCUAGCUAGAGCCUCAGCACGAACCACAAUUCGUGUCUAGUAAGCAAGCUGAAGAGCAACAAAAACUCUGAACACUUGAACCGAGCCAGUUAGUUUCUGGUUUAGUCUUGAGUUCACGCUAACUACCAUUAGUCAAGCGAAUUGUUGCUAGCAAAGCUGUAACUAUGUCUAUCGACGACUUCACUUCGAUCAGCCUGCUUUCCCUGGCCAUGUUGGUGGGGUGUUAUGUGGCUGGAACCAUUCCUCUGGCUGUCAACUUCUCAGAGGAGAAGCUGAAGCUGGUGACGGUCCUGGGAGCAGGGCUGCUGUGUGGUACUGCCCUAGCUGUCAUCAUCCCUGAGGGGGUCCAUGCCCUGUAUGAGGAGGUCCUGGAGGGUGCACACCACGCCCCUGGCCAGGUGAAGGGGGUGGAGGUGUCUGAGCCCAAGGAAGGUGUGGAUGCAGCUCUGGGGGUCAGUGGGGAGCACAGCCACAGCCACGAGCACCUCCAUGCCUACAUCGGGGUUUCCCUGGUCCUGGGGUUUGUCUUCAUGCUGCUGGUCGACCAGAUAGGAAGCGCACACGUACACAGCAGUGCUGACGAUCCAGAGUCUGCGAGGGUUGCCAGCUCAAAGAUCACCACCACUUUGGGACUAGUUGUCCAUGCAGCAGCGGACGGCGUGGCUCUCGGAGCAGCAGCUUCCACCUCUCAGACCAGUGUACAGCUCAUUGUCUUUGUGGCCAUCAUGCUUCACAAGGCCCCAGCAGCCUUUGGCCUGGUCUCUUUCCUGAUGCAUGCUGGUCUAGAGAGGAACCGGAUCCGGAAACACCUGCUGGUCUUCGCCCUGGCAGCACCUGUCCUCGCCAUGGUUACUUUCGUAGGACUCAGCCAGUCCAGUAAAGAGGCACUGUUAGAUGUGAACGCCACGGGCGUGGCCAUGUUGUUCUCUGCCGGGACCUUCCUGUAUGUUGCCACGGUACACGUCCUUCCCGAGGUGGGCGGGACCGGACACAGCCACGCUCCUGUUCAGGGGAAGGAAGCGGCGAAGGGACUGAGCAAGGUGGAGGUUGGGGCCCUGGUUCUGGGCUGUCUGAUACCACUGGUGCUGUCUGUUGGACACCAGCACUAGACACACACACACACACACACACACACACACACACACACACACACACACACACACACACACACACACACACACAGCUACCAGACAUACAGGAGACCCAGAGGGGCGAGAGGAGAGAAAGGGUAUAGGAAGGAGGAGGUUUAGAAGGAAAGCAGCCAAAACAGACAUCGCUUAUGUCUUAUUUAUCUUUUCUGUGACUGUUGAUUGGUCGGAGUGGGACAACGACCUGCGACGGGAUCAAAACCAUUUAAACCUGGAAGACACAGAGAUGAUGAUGUCAUAAUAACAGCAGCCUUUUUUUCUACACUCUACGAGAAGUGAUGUCUGUUGAUACUGUUGACAAGAGACUUGUAUGUGUUUUAUUGUUGUUUUUAUACAUUUGAUUUGAUUUUUAGCUCUAGGUAAGGUUGUACAGAUAAACAAGAGAGUUGGAUCAUGGCCGUAUCCUGUUUCAGUGAUACAGAUGAACUGUCUGACUGUCUCCUGAACUCAUAUUAAUGGGAACAUUUUUUGUUGGAAGACUUGGGCUGUAAGAAAUGUAAAGACCUUAUAUUGUGACAUCUUGCAGUAAAAGUAAAAAUUUUUUUUUUUUUUAAAUCAGUGGUUUUCAGACACACUAUAAUAACUUUGCUCUUAUUGUAAGAUGCAAUGUGAUAUUUAUUUAUGUUCUUGCUAGUGGAAUCCGGUUAACUAUUGGGAAGUUUUACAUGUAAGUAGUUACAUUUCUAUUACUUUUGAUCUUACCUAAUGGUCACUUAUAUAUCUGCUCUACUAGUAAUAUGAAACGUCUGGGAGAAAUGUGUCUGUAAGACUGAUUUCCACAGACCCUAACCCUUGAUAACUGAAAGUUAAUGACUGUCUUUGCUUCAGCCACAUAAAGGAACGCUUGCCCCAGGA